AUGGACGUAAUGACGAUGGAGAACGUAGGCCCCUGUAAGAAGAAGCUGGUGCUGCUGGCAACAAAAGGCGAGACCGCCGCGGGAGAGACGCUAGGCGGAGGCCUCUGCCUCAAUCCAGUGCUAUUCCCGGUGGAGAAGGCGCAGAGGCGGUCAGCCUGCGAAGACCCCGCGUCGAGUCGAAUGGGCGCGUGCUAUCCCAAAUGUAUGGGCACAGGAGCCGAUCAACUGGUGCUGCCCGGCGCACAGACCAAGAGAUCGGCCGCCACCGCCAUGGACGCGAGUCUGAAUGAGGCAGAGCUGGUUACCAAGAUGCAGACAUUUGACCUCGAGGAGCUUGGCCUGGCCGCAGCCUCGCAGGCUUCUUACAAGAAACCGGAAAAGAAUAUCGUCGUGGACUACGAGGACAGCGAUGGAGAGCACCAGGAGCUACGCCACAAGGAGGCCACGUGUGCCCCCAGUGCCUGUGCACCAGUGCUGACGGGCGCAGAUUCGAAUAAUGCGCGUCAGACACGUCGCCGCUCGCGUUGCGGCAGCUCAGAGGUGGCGGCAAGUGGAAGUUUGCGAGGGAAAAGUGUAAUCUUUGACCAGAAUGUCAAGUCAACCGAGCCCGCGUCGUCUAAUAUCUCGGACACAGAUGCAGAGGAGAUACGCUGCUCCAACGUUCACAAACUAUGUAUGUGCGAGGUGAAGCUCCACCGAACGCUCGAAUCGUGCUGGCUUGUGUGCAGUGGCCAGGUGCUGGUGGCGCGGACUGUGCGCGGGAUAUGA